AUACAAGAUAAAUUAAAUAUACUUAAUGCGAGAUCACAUCAGCUUGGUCUGAAAAUCCAUAAAGGAAAGACAAAGAUAAUGAGAAUAAAUCAGGCAAAUAGUAAUGUGGUUUCUCUUAAGGGCACCCCACUCCAAGACGUGGAGUCGUACACUUAUUUAGGCAGUAAUGUAGAUAAAGAUAGAGGAACUGAUGGAGAUAUUAAAAUAAGAAUACAAAAGGCAAGAGGGGCUUUCAUAGCACUAGGAAAUUUGUGGAGGUCAAAAGAAAUUAAAAGAAAUACUAAACUAAAAAAUUUUAAUUCUAAUGUCAAAUCAGUACUAUUGUAUGGGGCGGAAACAUGGAGAACAACCAAGGCAAUUACUAAUAAAUUACAGAUAUUCAUUAACUGGUGCCUGCGCAGAAUAGAGGGAAUAAAAUGGUAUGAUAGAAUAACUAAUGUAGAACUUUGGGAGAGAACUAAACAGGCUCCAGUGGAUCAGGAGGUGAGGAAAAGACGCUGGCGUUGGAUAGGGCACACACUGAGAAAACAGGAGAACAGCAUAACUAGAAUGUCUUUGCAUUGGAACCCACAGGGGCAUAGGAAUAAAGGAAGGCCAAAAAACACAUGGAGAAGAGAGCUGGAGAAUGAGGUUAGAAAGACUGGGAGGACAUGGGGAGAGCUCUAUGCAAUGGCGAAGGAUAGAACGACUUGGCGUGAGUUGGUUGAGGGCCUAUGCUCCAUUGGGGGAUAG